CUACACUCCAGUACCGCACUCUGCACCACCUAGGUUUCUCUCUCUAGCCCCCCCCUCUCUGUAGAGCACCCGCACAGAGAGCUUCACAAAUGCGAGGAACCAUAUUGCUGUGUUUGCUCCUGUUCACUACCUUCCACAUCGCCUUCUCUAGAAGAGAUGGGUUGCUGCCAAAUGGGAACUUUGAGUUGGGUCCAAAUCCGUCGGAUAUGAAUGGCACGGUGGUGAUCGGAAGAAACGCAAUCCCAGAAUGGGAGAUAUCAGGGUUUGUGGAGUACAUAAAGUCAGGGCAAAAACAAGGUGACAUGUUACUGGUAGUGCCAGAGGGAGCCUUUGCAAUCAGGCUUGGCAAUGAAGCUUCAAUUAAGCAGAGAAUGAAAGUAUUCAAAGGAAUGUACUAUUCCAUCACAUUUUGUGCCGCCAGAACUUGUGCACAAGAGGAGAAAUUGAAUGUCUCAGUCUCUCCUGACUGGGGCGUCCUUCCCAUGCAAACUUUGUAUAGCAGUAGUGGCUGGGACUGUUAUGCCUGGGCCUUCCAAGCUGAAUUAGAUGAAGUUGAACUUGUCAUACACAAUCCUGGUGUAGAAGAGGAUCCUGCUUGUGGACCACUAAUUGACUCUGUUGCAUCCAGAGCUCUAUUCCCUCCUAGAUCCACAAACAAGAACAUAUUGAAAAACGGUGGAUUUGAAGAAGGACCCUAUGUGCUACCCAACACCACAUGGGGUAUACUAAUUCCUCCAAACAUUGAAGAUGAUCACUCUCCGCUCCCGGGUUGGAUGGUCGAAUCACUCAAGGCAGUGAAAUACAUUGAUUCCGAACACUUCAAUGUUCCACAAGGACGACGAGCAGUGGAGCUUGUGGCAGGAAAAGAGAGUGCAAUUGCACAAAUUGCUCGAACCGUCGUCGGCCGGACUUAUAUUCUGUCAUUUACAGUUGGUGAUGCCAAUAAUGCUUGUGCAGGGUCCUUGAUGGUUGAGGCAUUUGCAGGGAAAGACACAAUUAAGGUCCCUUAUGAGUCCAAAGGCAAAGGUGGUUACAAGCGUGCUGCGCUUCGAUUUGUUGCGGUUUCUGUAAGAACAAGAAUUAUUUUCUACAGCAGGUUUUACACUAUGAGGAGUGAUGACUUCUCUUCCCUCUGUGGUCCUGUUAUUGAUGAUGUGAAGCUCUUGAGUGUUCGUAAACCAUGACUCCCUCAUGUCUUGUGAGGCUGGUCAACACUGAUGCAUACCAAUACUUAUACCAAGAGAUUCAAACUUUUAAGUCGGUGUCGGGUUCUUUUUAUGGUGAUUUUGAAAACAAAAAAAAAAAACUAUUUAUAUUAUAGUUAGUAUACUAAUAUUUUGUUAAUGCGGUAGUAGAGUGAUUUGAUGAAGCGACCAUGUUGUGUAUUUUGGGCUUUUAGCUAAAUAAAAUGAUGAGAAAAGAAAGUUAUUCUAUUUAUGAAA